UAUCGACAGAUUCAGACGGUGUCCGAUUUCUGGCGUAGAUUUCUCCGGAUACCCUUGCAGUUGUGUGCGGAUCUUUUUUGCACAAAUUUCGUUUUUCGGCUCGUAUCCUCGGCUCCAUGGGUUUCGAUUAUGGGUCGGGAUCACUUCUUAGGCGAAAAUAAUUCCUCGGCCUGGCAUGGCACGAGGAUAUCCAUGGGUUUUAACAACUCGGCUGCGCGGGGCGUUCUGGAGGCAGGGCCUAAGUUCUGCAUCCCACUGGCGUUUUUCCCACUGGCGUUUCCACUGGCGUUUUUCACUGGUAUUUUUUCUAUUUCCUUUAUAUGUCUUGUAUCGAGCUCUUUCGCUUUUUCCUGCGCUAGGGUUCUCUCGUUUUUUUGCGAAUUUUGUCAUUGUAGUCGUACCAUAGCACAUCUGCUUGAUUCUCCUUUUUCUACUAGUUUGGGACGGCGUUUGUUCAAGGUUUGGGAGACUCGACACGGGAGUCAUUUUUCCUCUGCGGCGAACCACUGCUUGGAUGAUACCCCGGAUGGGAUUCAGGUGCAGUCGCUGGGCAUGGGUCGGCGUCGGAGGGGCUGCCGUCGUCGCGGUCACGGGUCGAUUCCUUCGGCACCACAAUCACAAUAGAAAAAACAUAAAAAAUAGGGCAUAGAUGUCUAAUAAGAUGUUUUAUGUCCACCUUGGUUGUGUGUGCAUUGGGUGAU